UUCUCUGGAAUAAUACUUUCCCACUCCCAACUCUGGUUGGGUCUUAUUUAAUGGCUCUGGUUGGGUCCUAAAGCAGAGGUAACAUUAGGUUUUUUGAAGAUUAUAAAACUGCAUGACAUAUUGACCUCAAUAUCCUCCAAAACAACCAAAACAAAUGUAUAAAAUGUUAUUACUUACAGGUAAUGUUAUGUUUUAAAGCUAAAACUUGGUCUCAUGUAAGGUUGCAAAAAUAACAUGUUCAUGUUUAGCUUACAAUAGACUUAAUCAUUUACAAUAUAAUGGAUUACUCACAUUCAAGGUUCACAUUGUUAGGUGUUGCUGUAUUUUUGCUAAUACUGCAAAUAAAUGGCAGCUAGCAAGGUUCGCUACAUUCGCUUCGACUCUUAGCAUCUAAUAAACAUGAAUUCAACAGUAAUAUUAAUUUAUUUUUAAAAUGUAAUUCAAAAUAUUUGACUUACUAAGGACACACAAUACAUAUUCGGCAUUUGGACCCAUUAAAACGCUUAAUAAAUGUUAUUAAAUUAUUAUUCUGUAGUUACACAACACAUAGCGUGAUUCUGAUGAUCCUAUAUUUUAAGUCUUUAUUCGUCAUAUCCAUUUAUUUAAUUAAAAAUGAUAAAAUAAUAAGCUCUUCACAGCUGUGAUGUUGUUUUUCUCAAGUUCCUCCAGCAGAGGACCUGCAGUGUUUACAGAAGCCCGAUGAUGAGCACGCUCUGACCGGCUGUGAUGCAGGAGGAGAGACAGGAGGAAGAGUAUCCGGUGGGCGGUGCAGACCCCUGAAGAUACAGAAAGCCUGCGGAUGCGAUAGGAUAGGUCGCGGGCUAUACUUUUGGAGAGCGGUAUCUCAUUUUGUAUUUUUGCAGGAGACAAAAGCCGCUAAAGUGCGACAGAUAAGGUGGGAGGGAAUAUUGUAUGAGAAGCACAGACCUUUGUCUGCAAAACCUCAGUGAAUGCAGGAGAGGAGACAGACAACAAUAGUCUUUUUCAUUCUCCGGAAAACAAGUAGGAGUAGCUUUCUGUGCUUUCAGUCUGAGGUCCAGUGUGCUUGCCUCUUUAAGGACACUUCUACAAACAGAUUGUGUUAAGGCGGUAUGUCAUCUAUUGGUCGGUGGGACAGACAAGAGAAGAGACAAAGCAGCAGCUGUUGAUGUAGGACUAAGCGCAGACAUACUGUGACCUGCUCAAGAGCUGCUUACAGGCCUGUGGGCUUACUGCCAGGGAUGACAUCGAGAGAGAGAGGGGUGAUGCAAUUUGGUGAAAGCUGUCACUAUUGAUUUACACAUGAGGCGGUGCUGGACGCAUCUCUAGAGGUGCGUUCUGUUUACAAAGCAUUGUGGAAAUCACCGAGAGGCCUUUGUAAACAGCCUGAACACAUCUCAGCAUCCUACGACACCGACGUAUUUUCCGCCGGUAGAUGCUCUUCUCUCUGGCGCUCUUCCUGUGGAGGCUGUACCGACAUUUCUCCAUCAUGUUCAGCUCAGACAGACUCACAGUCCCGGAGUAUGUCAGCCGGCUGCAGAGGUCGAGGAGCGGAUCCGGUUCCGAACCCAGAGCGGUCUCCCCGGGCAUCAGUGCCGACGUCCAGGCGGGUUUGCACGCCUCAAUCCCCGCCCUGCGCUCCGCAAUCAGGAUGCUGAAGUCAUCAAAGGAAACCUCCGAUUCAGAUGAGACCCGCAGGGCCAUCGCGGAUAUCUUUCAGCUGGUACAGGAGGCCUGGGUUUUGCCCACCGUAGGCCGUCAAGUGGCCGAGGAGAUCUGCAACAGGAUCCGGCUGGACGGAGGCCUGGAGACGCUGCUGCAGCUUCAGCAGACACCUGCUGUGGAGAUCACAUAUGAGUCUGCAAAACUGCUGGAGCAGAUACUCAUCUCAGAGAACAGAGAUUAUUUAGCACGGAUGGGUCUGGGGGUCAUCCUCAACCUGACUCGACAGCAGGAAGACGCACAGCUGGCUCGCAGUGUCUCUGGGAUCCUGGAGCACAUGUUCAAACACAGCGAGGAGACAUCCGUCCAGCUCAUCUCUAACGGUGCCCUGGACUCCCUCCUCUUCUGGUGCAGAGGAACAGAUCCCACUGUGCUGCGCCACUGUGCUGUGGCACUAGCAAACUGUGCCAUGUAUGGAGGCCACCGCUGCCAGCGAUGGAUGAUCGAGAAACAGGCGGCCGAGUGGCUUUUCCCACUGGCUUUUUCCAAAGAGGAUGAACUCAUUCGCUUCCACGCGUGUCUGGCGGUGACUGUGUUGGCUGCCAACCGAGAAAUCGAGAAGGAGGUGGUGAAAUCUGGAACCUUGGAGCUGGUGGAGCCAUUCAUUGCAUCUCUGGAUCCGGAUGACUUUGCUCGCAGUUUAUUGGACAGUGCAGACUGCAUGCAGGGUAAAACAGCAUCUGAUCUGCAGCAUUUUUUACCAUUACUGGAUGGCACAAGACUGGAAGGAAAGUGUAUUGCAGCCUUUUACUUUUGUGUGGAGACCAGCAUCAAGUCUCGUCAGCGCAACACUAAGAUUUUUCAAGAGAUUGGAGCAGUGCAGAGCCUAAAAAGAAUUGUCAUGUACUCCAGUAAUGGCACAGCUUCUUCCCUCGCCAAGCGGGCACUCAGUAUGAUGGGGGAGGAAGUGCCAAAACGUAUCCCGUCAGGUGUGCCCAACUGGAAAACCUGUGAAGUGCAGACCUGGCUGCAGCAGGUUGGCUUUAGUGCCUAUUGUGACCGUUUCCAGGAGCUCCAGGUGGAUGGAGACCUAAUGCUGAACAUCACAGACCAGGAUCUGAGCACGGAUCUGGGCAUGACUGCAGGCCUCACUCGCAAGAGAUUUUUAAGAGACUUGCGCGUGUUGAAGACUUACGCCAACUACUCCACAUGUGACCCAAACAACAUGGCCGACUGGUUAGCUGAGAUAGACCCUCGUUUCCGUCAGUAUACGUACGGCCUGGUCCAGUCAGGAGUGGAUCUCAACAAUAUCCAGAACCUGACCGAUCAGCAGCUCCAGUAUGACUGCCACAUAGACAACGGAGUUCACAGAGCCAAGAUACUGUCUUCUAGCCGCAAGCCCUUAAAACCGUGCCACACAGACGCCCAGCCUGCAGGGCCCGACGUGUUCAUCAGCUACCGUCGGACUACCGGCUCCCAGCUAGCCAGCCUUCUGAAGGUGCACUUGCAGGUUCGCGGCUACAGCGUCUUUAUAGAUGUGGAGAAGCUGGAGGCUGGUAAAUUCCAGGAAAAACUGAUCCAGAGUGUACAGAGGGCACGCAAUUUCAUCCUGGUCCUGUCCUCCAAUGCUCUCGACAAGUGCAUGGGUGACACUGCCAUGAAGGACUGGGUGCAUAAGGAGAUAGUCACAGCCCUGGCUGGUAAGAAGAACAUAGUUCCUGUCACAGAUAACUUUAUGUGGCCCGACCCCAUGUCUUUGCCGGAGGACAUGAGAGCAAUUCUCAACUUCAACGGCAUCAAAUGGUCUCAUGAAUAUCAGGAGGCCACGAUCGAGAAGAUCCUACGCUUUCUGAAUGGACGGCAAGACCAAAUCGAUGGCCCUGAUGCCUCCAAACAACCGAAAAAGAAACAAAAUGACAUAAACAAGGUUUGAUCUCAGAUAUAGUAUCAACUUUCAACGAUACCGAAUUCCACAUGGCCGAUGGUGACCUGGCCGGCAGCUUUCCCUGCACUGCCCAAAUGCAUGUGGAGUGAAUUUGAUUAUAUUUAGAUAAUAUACUGCAAACAGUAAUGGAAAUCAAAAAAGGAUUUCAGAUGUAUAUAAUAAACUGUAAGCCUUUAAUGACAGUACCCUCACACUGCUGUAUAUGUGUAAUCAGGUGCAGUAAACGCCUUCUGUCUCUCAGGAAAAUAACUGUGAUAGAUCAGCUGAUCACCCAGCAAAAUCCUCAGUAGCAGUUUCUGAAGUAUCUACUAACAUGUCAGUCUUUAUAAAUGUUACAUGCAGUCAUCUUGUGUUUAACCCCUAAACUGUAUAUUCCUAUGAGCAAAGCAGGUCUCUAAUUUUACAGAUAUUUGUGUUUGGGUUGUCAUAGAAAAGAAACUGUUCCUAGCAGAUGCAUUGACUGAAGGCAUAAUCUAAACUGGAUGCAUGACAUACUGUACAGAAAUAAACGAGCUACAUACUGUAUACCUGCACCCUCCAACUUAGCAAAUAACAGAUUUAAGGAGUGUACAGGCAGCAACAAAUACCCAUGUAGUAUUAAACGUCCUUUUCUGUAAAAGUGGAUAAAAAGUAACAUUGAAUUAACGUACAGUACUGAAAAUGAUUCCAUCAGUUUUACAUAGUGUCUUGCUGUUACAACACAGUAUAAUAACAUUAAAGUAUCAUUUAAUACUGUUGACUUGAGGUUUCAUUCACCAAAGUGUUCUGAUAAGUGAUUAUUUGUCAGCUUUGCAAUAAAAUGUCAUCCUUGUUCACUCAGUGCAUUUAACUGAAGCAGUCAAAUAAAAACAAAAAGGAAUCCAACAAUAUGAUCCACCACAAUAUUUGUGAAAAUAUAAACGUCACCUGUAUAAAUCAUGAUGAUGCUGAAAUAAACAUGUGAUGAAACAUUUAAAGACUUGCAAAUCAAACAAAGCAGUCACCAAGAUGUGAUCACAUAUUCUAUAAAAUUAUGUAAUUAUAGCCUGAAUGCGUGUUCAGAGGGGCUUUUAUCAUCCUCUUGCCUUAAUAUUGUUUUCAUCCAAUGUCCUUGCAGGAUUCAGUAAAUAUGCUCUGUAUAAUUAUCAAUCAUUUGGUCACUUUAUUUGAAACAUGGUUAAGAAAUAUAAAUAUAAAGGGACUGUGCCCCUGCUUUAUGGAAAGAGGAGGGAGGGAGGGUCAAGGUGUAACUCGUAAUCCGUGGCUGCUGCUACAGUUUCACUCUCUCUGAUGUGGAUUACUGAUAGUUUGGACAUAUUUGCACCAGAUGAUCUAUCCGUAUAGUUUGAUUCCAUGAAUCCCAGGUCAUGACUUCACUGCUUCAGGGUUCUAGAUACCAUGUCCACUAUCAGAUUUGGCAGAGACAUUAACAUAGCUGACAAUCUACUCAAAUGUGCAAACGGUGAAUAGAUAGCGGAGUGGUGGGUGAACGUAGAUAUGACACCUUAUGUUGUGUUUACCAAAUUACCUGACACAAGUACGGUUAGUUAGAGUGGUUAUUAGUUAAAAAUGGUUAAUUAUCAAUAAAGUCACCUAUCUUUAAGUUAGAAAAAUUAUAACCUUCCUUCAUUGUAUAUGAUCUUAAUGAAUGACAAUUGUAGAUCUAAAACAUUUCUCAAAUUAAAACUAGGUUAUAUCUGCUGCCUCCUUUUUUGGAAUAAAACGUACUCCACUGCCAUAAACAUCAACAUAGCAACUGUAUGGUUUAUCUGAUGAACGGUUUUAGUUUUAGUAUGACAAAAUAAGAAAUGUAACCAGCCCGUAGGCUGAAGUUCCUGUCUGUCUUGCCACAGAUUCCCACCCACAUCAGAACGGAUAUCUUCAUUAAUUCCAGACACAUUUACAAAAACAAAGUCAAAUAGACAUGAUGGAUGUCUUACAGUAGGAAUCGAACCCAGGUCUCCCACACCAAAGGAAAGAAUCUUAUCUAUGCGCCAUCACCACCCCCAUAGCAACUGAUUAUGUUUGAAACAGCAGACAAUUGUACAUAAUUGUUUGAACGAAUGUGCCGAAAGUAUUUGCUUAAAAUUAGAAAUUGCUUUUAUGAUGUGCACAAGUGACUAGAAGAUGUUGCGGCUGAACAAGUAGUUUUAAGACUU